CUACGCAUAAUCAGAGAGAAAAGAAGAUAAACAUCUGUGGAUAUAAGUAGUAAGCUGAAAACAAGAAGAGCUGUGGUAGGUAGAGUUAUUUGAGGAGCAAUUCAUAAUUAAAGGAUACAGAGUUGGUAAACAGUGUGGUGAUGAUGGAUUGGGUCAAGACUGUGUAUUUAGUGCUCUGGGCUUUCACAUACAACUCAGUAGCAGAUGAUUUUAAAGAGCAAGCCCUGAAACUGAUGGCUGACACUCCACUUAUAGAUGGGCACAAUGACCUUCCCUGGCAGAUGAGGAGCUUGUUUAAUAAUCAGCUCAACAUGGUGGAUUUGAACAAACUAAACACCACACACACCAACAUCCCAAAAAUCAAAGAAGGGCGCCUCUCAGCACAGUUCUGGGCAGCUUAUGUACCUUGUGAUACCCAGUACAAAGACGCAGUCAGACAGACCUUGGAGCAGAUUGAUGUUAUCCACAGGAUGUGUCAUGAAUACCCAGAAGUGUUCAAAUUUGCUGCCAGCAGUCAAGAUAUAUUGGAUGCCUUUGAACAGAAUAAGACAGCGAGUCUGAUCGGGGUAGAAGGUGGACAUUCGAUUGACAGCAGUUUGGGUACUCUGCGCACUAUGUACCAACUGGGUGUCCGCUACCUCACUAUCACACAUAGCUGUAACACACCAUGGGCCGACAACUGGCUGGUGGACACAGGAUCUGAGCCUGAAAUGCAUGGCGGUUUGUCUGAGUUUGGCAAGCAAGUGAUCUGGGAAAUGAACCGCAUUGGAAUGCUGAUUGAUCUGUCUCAUGUGUCAGAGAAGGUCAUGAAUCAGGUGCUGGAUAUCUCUAAAGCUCCUAUUAUCUUCAGCCACUCUUCUGCCUACAGCGUCUGUAAUCACAAGAGAAAUGUUCCUGACGAUGUUCUCAUGAGAGUGAAAGAAAAGAGAGGGAUUGUCAUGGUUAAUUUUUAUAAUGACUACGUAACCUGCAGUCCAACUGCUAACAUCUCAGAUGUUGCUGAUCACUUUGACCAUAUCAAGAAAGUGGCUGGCUCUAGUAUCAUUGGAUUUGGAGGAGAUUAUGAUGGUGUGACAAGGGUGCCGGAAGGUCUAGGGGAUGUAUCAAAGUACCCAGACUUGGUGGCUGAACUUCUUAGGCGCAAAUGGUCAGAGGAUGAGAUCAGAGAUGCUCUGGGAAGAAACCUGCUGAGAGUGUUCAGCGAGGUGGAGGAAGUAAGAGAUCACCUAAAUGGUACCAAACCAGAUGAUAUACCCAUCCCUCUUAAAGAAGUUCAAAAUCCCUGCAGGACAGACUUUGGUUACCAAGAUAAAUCCAGUUCAACAUGCAUAAAAUCUUUCUAUCCACUAGUCUUGGUUCUGUCACUACUGAACAAGUUAUUAUAACCAACUCCUCAGAUGACUGUAUACUCCUGUAGUACUGUUUUUGGAGAAUGCAAAGGAUCUCUGAUAAAGAGUUGGCCUGUAGAGAAAUUCUGUAAGGGAACAUUUUAGAGUUUAGUUUAGAGCAAGUGUUUUUAAAAAAUGUAGACUAAAAACAAAAAGUAAUUAGACAUGCAAUUAUUUGAAAAUCACCACUUUUCUGUUCAGUGCCGUACAAGUCAAACAUGUGAACAGCUAUUUUUUUGUAUAAUUACAUAUAAUAUAUAAUAAUAUAUUAUUAGAUAUUAUUAGAUAUAAUAUAUAACAAUAUGUCAUUAUAUAUAUAUUAUAUACUGUAUUAUAUAUUAUUAUUAAAAAAAUAACAAAGUUAUCAAAUCUAUGAAAUAACACAAAGGGAAGUAUGAGCAUUAUGCACUGACUGAAAAUGCAAACUGAAAACAUCAGUUUUUGUGCCAUGUUUCUAUAUUUGUCCUGUUAGGACAAAGGUAGAUUUGAUGGUUUUUGAUGGACUCAUUAGAGGUGAAAACCAGCAAAUUAGGCAGUUUUAUUUAAAUGAUGAUUUGAAAACAAACAAACAAACAAACAAAUCCAUAUUAGGCUAAUAUUCCUGAGACAAAACAAUGUAUUCCAUAAAAGUUAACUAGGUUAAAUUUACUGUUCAUCACUUAAAUUUGACAAACUGACUUCAAAAGACUGUGGCGCAUGGAUGUAUAUGAUGUAAAAAAUCAAUCCAAAAGCACCACCUUGUGGACAAACCAUUGAAUAUUCUGAUAUAUUAAAGACUACUUUCAUAACAACGUAUCUGUAUGAACUUAUUGAUAACAAUGACAAAGCUGAUUAUUAUUAUUAUUUUUUUUUGUAUUGUUCAUUAUUUCUGAUUUCUGUUCUAACCUUUAUAAUAAGCUUACCAUUCUCUUCUGUACCACUCAUUUAAGUUGAAACUAUUUCACGUUUGCUCUUGUUUGCUAUAAAUUUUACAUUAAUUGAAUGGAUAUUCUUAUAUAAAAUGCCUCACUCUGUGGAUACCAAUAAAGAUUUUGUGCUAAAAGA